AUGCCAGAUGAGAUUUACAGCUUGAUUGUCAUUGCAAUAGUAUACAACAGUAGAUACUUUAAUUCUUACAUGACAAUUCUUAAAAAGCUUAAUGAAGAAUUUCAUCUAAACUAUGAUGAAGAACUUAAAAAUUUUGAAUUAAAGUACCUUUCUUUGAAUGAACUUGAUUUUUACACAGCCUGCAAGGCAAUUUCCAAUGAUGAAAAAGAAUUAUUUAUCAGAAUUUUAACGAAAGAUGAUUUUGAUGAAAAUCUAGUUUUGCCAAGAGAAUUCUAUCCACCUAAAUUUAAUUCUAGUGGAUAUACAUUUCUGGAAUUAUGCAGUCUUUAUGGUGCAGUUGAUUGCUUCAAGUUAUUAAUGACAGAUUUCGAUUCAGAAAUUACCGAUUCUGAAAUCUACAAAUUAUUUCAUUUUUAG